AUGAUCCGAGUGUGCUCGUGCUGGCGCAGCUGUUCAGAGGGGGAGGGGCUGCGUACGGCUGGAACUGGCCUCGGCUCCAUUAUGGAGGACAGUCUGUACGAUGAGUUCGGAAACUAUCAAGGCCCCGAUAUAGAUGACGACGAGGAUGAAGAAGAUGACGACCUCCUCGGAGGUAUAGACGAGGAGGAGAAAGGCAAGGGAGAUGAUGAUGGCACCGGGGUAGGUGAUGUGCCCAUGGAGGGCGUUGAGGCGAGUGGUGACAGGCAGAUCAUUCUGCACGAAGACAAGAAGUAUUACCCGGAUGCAGAAGAACUCUAUGGCGACGCAGAAGCUUUGGUCCAGAUGGAAGAUACCCAGCCUCUGACGGAUCCCAUCAUCACGCCCGUUCAGUCCAAAAACUUCGAUCUCUUGGAGAAGAAGAUGCCGGACACGACCUUUGACUUCAACUUCCUCGCUGCCAUGAUGGACAAGCCCAACUUGGUUCGAAAUAUCUGCUUCUUGGGUGCCAUGCACCAUGGGAAGACCACCUUCAUGGACCUCCUUGUGCUGAACACCCACGAGAAGGACUGGAAGGUAGGCAAGGAGAUACGCUACACGGACUCCAGGCAGGACGAGCAAGAUCGCGGCAUCACGGUGAAAGCCUCCUCCAUGAGCUUGGUCUUGCAGGAUUCCAAGGACAAGUCCUACCUCUUUCAUGCGAUGGACACUCCCGGCCACAGCAACUUCCAGGACGAAGUGAUAGCAGCUCUGGCUAUGGCUGACGGUGUCGUUCUGGUGGUUGACGUUGUUGUCGGCCUGACCCAGCACAUCGAGCGAAUGCUCAAACACGCUUUUCAGGACAACCUCAAAGUAGUUCUCGUCAUUAACGGCCUCGAUCGCCUCAUCAUGGAGCUGAAGCUGCCUCCCACAGAUGCUUAUCACAAGCUGCGGUACUGCAUCGAAGACAUCAACGAGACCAUGGAGAAGCUCUACGACUCGGCAGGAACGGAAGUCGACGAGCGAGUCUACUUUUCGCCGCUGAAGGGGAACGUGAUCUUCUCCUCGGCUCUGUUCCGAAUGGUGUUCACCUUGGAGUCAUAUGCUGCGAUCUACGCAGAAACGCAUGGUUUCAGUUUUGACCACCUGAUUCUUGCGAAAUGCCUCUGGGGAGACAUGUACUACAACGCCGACGAGCGCAAGUUUCAGAAGACCCCUCCAGAUGCGGAGCAGCCGCGCUCCUUCGUCCAGUUCGUCUUGGAGCCGAUCUACAAAAUCUUCGCCCACUGCCUCGGUGAGGAGAAGGAGGACCUCGCGCAGACUCUGGCAGAGGUGGGCAUUUAUCUCCACAAGCGAGACUAUGAGCUGGACGCCCGAGCGUUGAUCCGCAAAGUCUUCCAGCAGUACUUCGGCUCCGGUGGAGGCCUGCCGUCCUUUGUUGACAUGGUUGUGCGGCACAUCCCGAAUCCCAAGGAGAUCUGCCGCAGUCAGUCUUUCAGAGAGGGUGUCGUGAAUGUACGAUUGAUGUCAUUUCUGUGCUCGCUUCUGCAGGAGAAUGCUGCCAUAAAGGUAGAGAAGCUGUACUCGGGAGACCAAGACGGUGCAGUGUCAGAAGACAUGAAGAAGCUGGAUACCACAGGAUAUCUGAUGCUUCAUGUGGUGAAGCAGUACCACAGACCCGAUUGCAAUGCCUUUGACGUCUUUGGCCGUGUCCUUUCCGGCACAGUCUUCCGUGGUGAUCGUGUGAAGAUCUUGGGAGAGACAUACUCGCUGGAUGACGACGAGGAUAUGGCAAUCAAGGAGAUCCAAAAUCUCUGGAUCCUCGAGGGCCGGUAUCGUGUGGAAGUUAGCCACGUCCCAGCGGGAAAUUGGGUACUUAUAGGAGGCAUUGAGACGUGCAUCAAGAAGACGGCGACCAUCACCACUGCCUCGAACGAGGAAGAGGUCGAGAUCUUCCGACCACUGCGCUUUCCGACGACCCCGGUCAUCAAGGUCGCCAUCGAGCCACUGCAGCCUGCGGAGCUGCCGAAGAUGGUGGAUGGCCUGAGGAAGAUCGACAAAGCUUACCCACUCUCGAAGACCAAGGUGGAAGAGAGUGGCGAGCAUGUGCUGCUGGGCACUGGCGAGGUUUACCUGGACUGCAUCCUUCACGACCUUCGAAGGCUGUAUGGCGAUCUGGAGAUCAAAGUGGCGGAUCCCGUCGUAGAGUUUUGUGAGACAGUGGUGGAGACCAGUUCCCUGAAGUGCUUUGCAGAGACGCCGAACAAGAAGAAUAAGAUUUACAUGGUGGCCGAGCCUCUGGAGAAAGGGCUCGGCGAAGACAUCGAGAAGGGCAAGGUUAGCAUCGAGUGGAACAAGCGCCGCAUGAGCGACUUCUUCACGAAGAACUACGACUGGGACCUCUUGGCAUCCAGAUCGGUUUGGGCAUUUGGCCCGGAGGUGUACGGCUCGGAGCGCCUCACUGCGAGUCGCGCUUCGAUUCAAAGCUUAAUGGACCUGGAGGUGAACGGGCCCAACGUCCUGGUCGACGAUUGCCUGCCGAGCGAGGCGAAGUUCUCUCGGCGAGCGCAGCGCGGCUUGGUGCAGGGCUUCCAGUGGGCUACGAAAGAAGGUCCACUCUGUGAUGAAAAGAUUCGCAGCUGCAAGUUCAAGAUCCUCAAUGCUCAAAUGGCAGAGGAUGCGGUGCUGCGCGGUGGCGGCCAGAUAAUUCCCACAGCCCGGCGGGUGGCCUACUCGGCCUUCCUGCUGGCGACUCCUCGUCUCAUGGAGCCGGUGAUGUUCUCGGACAUCGAGUGCCCGGCCGACUGCGUAGCUGCCAUUUACAACGUGCUCUCCAGAAGGCGUGGUCACGUCAUUCGAGACCUGCCGAAGCCAGGUAGCCCAAUGUACUCGGUGCAUGCAUAUUUGCCCGCCAUGGAGUCUUUCGGCUUCGAGACGGAUCUCAGAACGCACACAUCCGGACAGGCAAUGUGCCAGACCUUCUUCGAUCACUGGGAACAUGUUCCUGGCGAUCCGCUGGAUCGGUCCAUCCUGCUGCGCCCGCUGGAGCCGGCACCUGCGCCGCACCUGGCGCGCGAGUUCAUGCUCAAGAUGAGACGGCGAAAGGGCCUGAGCGAGGACGUGUCGGUUCACAAGUUCUUUGAUGAUCCGAUGCUUCUGGAGCUCGCGAAGCAGGACGCCGAGCUCAGCUCCUACUUCUGA